AUGGUAUCAAUUCGUAUUUUGGAUGAGGAAACAUUUGCGCUCCGAUUACCGCAUGCCGAAUCGUUCAUUUGGAAACAAUCAGAAAAUGUGAAUGAUGUUAUUUUACCUAUAUAUUCGGGUCGUAAUUUGUCAACUUUAAUGCAUGAUCGGAAUCCUCCAAUAGAUUUAGCAAAGAUAUAUCGUACUCCGGAACGUGUCAUAUUUGGUAUAAUACCAUUGACACCAAAUGUAACCGAUAUUAUGGAAGCAUUACGUUAUUGGAGUGAAACUAAUGAUGAGAGACAAUUUCAUCUAUUACUUUAUUAUCAUCCAGAAUUGAAAAAUGCUACCAUUAAUGGACAAACACUGUUGAUGUUAGCUGUUGAUCUGGGCCUUUGGUCAGCUGUAAUCUUAUUACUAUGUAUUGGUGCCGAAAAAAAUGUUACUGAUCCGGAAGGUAAUUGUCUCUAUCAUAUUGCUGCUAAACGAGGUCAUAAGCAAAUUAUCGAAGGUUUAUUGAUAUUUUCACCUGAUGAUAUCAAUUGGCAAAAUUUUAAAGGUGAAACAGCUCUACAUUGUUCCAUUUUGAAUGGUCAUUUAUCUUGCAUUGAUCGACUUUUAAAUGCACCCACAAUUGAUCCAAAUAUACAGGUAACUAAGAUACAGGAUAAUGAUGGUAAUACACCGCUUCAUUUAUUAUCUGCAAUGGAAGAUAUAUCAAUUCGUGGAGCAAUACUUCAUCGUUUAUUAUCAAAUGUUAAAAUUGAUCAAUUGAUAAUGAAUAAUGAUGGUUUAACUGCGCUACAACUUGCCAUUAUUGCUAAUCAACAUGGAGUUGUGGAAUCGAUGAUACGUAUGAAACCAACACUUCUUCUAUCAGAUGGUUGUUAUUCGUUGUUACCAUUACAUCUUGCUGCUGCAUAUGGUCAUAUUAAUGUCUUAGAAAUUAUUCUUAAAUAUUCUUCGGAUGUAAAUAAAACAACAAAAGCCAGUCGAACAGCAUUACAUUUUGCGGUAGAACGUUGGAAUGGUAAUGCUAAUAAAGAUAUGCAACGUCUUUCCUGUAUUCAAUUACUCGUAUCCUUUGGUAUACCGUUAAAUACACGAGAUUGUGAUGGUAUGACAGCGUUACAUUUAGCAGCUCAAGCAACGCAAGGUUUAGCUCCAAUAAGUGAUAACAAAAUGCAAAUUGUAUUACAGAUGAAGAAAUCAAAUAUGCGUUUGGAAGAACUUGCAUCAGCAUUUCGUCCACAAUGGCCUGUUGCGGUAAUGUGCUUUCUAAUAGCGCAAGGAGCAGAUCCACAAAUUCGUGAUCGUUCCGGAUAUGUUCCAUUUGAAUUAGUUACCGAACCAACCCUUAAAUCGUUAUUUGAACAGUAUGUUGCUUGUAGACCGAGAUCAUGCGUUCCAAUGAGUCGUACGAUAGCGCGAAGUUUUGAUACCACUGGUGUAACAAUGUGUACCUUUAAUUGUGAUGAUAAUGUAGCAGAUAUUGUUUUCAUUCCUUGUGGUCAUCGAGUGGUUUGUGCUAAAUGUGCUGGUAGCACCUUACUUAGACGUUGUCCAUUAUGUUAUCAGCAAAUUGUUGUCGCGAAAAAUUCAUAUGGUGAAAAGGUUGAAAUUGGUGGUAAAAUUAUACGAUACAAAGAAUGUGGUGAUAGCGAAUUGGGAGAAAAUGUUAAAAUGAUUGAUGAAGCUGAAAUUGAAAAAAUUGCGCAAGAAGCUGUUGAACGUGUUAAAAAAGCUGUUGAAGAAGAGAAAAAUGAAAUAGUGCGUGAAUUACGUGAUAAAUUAGAACAAUUAGAGUUGGAAGUUACGUGCGCAAUAUGCAUGGAUCAACGUUGCAGUAUUGUAUUUCAAUGUGGGCAUACAGCAUGCGUGAAAUGUAGCAAUCCGUCAAAAUUAAAAUUAUGUCAUAUUUGUCGACAAACUAUCAAACGACGUACAACAAUUUAUACGUGA